AUUCUUCUGUCACUAUUAUUUGUCCUACUAUAUAUGCACCCACACUCACAAAAUUAAACUACAAAAAAAUUAAACCCCACAAAUUAAUUUCACUUUCAUUCAUCAAACAAUAUUUUUUUACAUCAAUGGGGAACUGCAAUUGUUCUAUGAAAGCAGUAACAGAUUCAAGAAAAUCAGAUCUAAAUUUUGCUCGUGUUAUGACAGAUUCAGGUGAAAUAUUAAACCUUAAAGGUCCCAAAUUAGUUCGACAAGUCCUAAAUGAAUUCCCAGGUUACAAUAUUUUCAGUUCAAAUCGUUUGUCUUCACCAUUACAUGAUCAAGAAUUGCUUCUUGAUGGACAAUUUUACUAUCUUCUCCCUGUAAUUGAAAAAGAAAAAGAGCCCAUUUUAGAAGAAGAAAAAAUAGAGCCAAUUCGAGUUUCUUCAAGCUUGACGGAAGGGUCAGCUAUGGAAGUUUUGCCGGCUCAACGAGAAGGUGUUUGGAGAGUGAAGCUAAUUAUCAAUCCCCAACAACUCGAGGAAAUCUUUUCAGAGGAAGGGAAUACAGAGGCCUUAAUUGAGCAAAUGAGAAUAGCUGCAAAUACAAGUUCAACUACAAAGCACAAAAGGAGUACCUCUUGUGGAGUAAAUUGGAAAUCUACUCUUCCUAGUGUAUUUAAACUGCCCAAUGACAAGCAAAAUAAAAUACUUGCAUUGGACCAGUCUUCCACCAACAGCCCUAGAUGAUGGUGUGGACCACACGAGGCUCGAAUCUGAAUUAGCAAUAAAUGAAUUUCGAGUACUGAGAUGAAGGAAAGUGGAGUAGGAAAAAAAUGGAAGUGUCGUCAUAGAAGGUAGAUUAGAUUCAACUAUGUAUAAGAUUAUAAUUAAGAUAUUUGCUAAAGUAUUUAGUACCAUAGAGACCCUUUAAUUAGUAGAACUACUUAUAGUUAAUAUUUGAUCUCAUUAAUCAUUUGGCACAACAAUAUUGCGGACAUGAUUUUCACCAAGGGAGUUCAGAAUUUGCUAUAUAUAAUUUCCGCCCGGAAGCCCGACAGAAAAAUGAUCAGCCUGCUCUAAUGAGGGAAAAAUUGUAGUCUUAGAUUUUCACUAUGUUGUUAACAUAAUCUCUUAAGGUAGUUGUAGGGUUUAAGUGGCAUUUUAUUAUGCCUCUUUGUAUGAAUCAUGAUAAAGAUUAUAUUGCUAUUGGCAAAUGAAUUGUGUUUAGCUUGA